UUCUGCUUUUGCCCCUUACACCUUUUAUCCAGUUUCCGACCAAACCGAGCGCGUAAUUUCGGCCGUCAUGGUUUUGACGUACAGGUGAACUUCUUCUUCUACCUCUUCUACCUCUUCUUCUUCCUCGUCGACGUUUUCCGCGAACGGAGAAAAGUGUCGGGACUACGGAACAAACCUCCUGGGCUUCUCCCGCGCUGAGCCGUUCUCCCGUUAGUUGGGAAGUAAGUUGCCCGCGUCUGUGAGUGCGUGAGAGUGCGUGAGAGCGAGAGAAAGAUGUCCCGGAAGAGGUCGGCCAAAGGCAAGGGGAGCAGUAAGAGCCCCAAGGCAUCGCCGUGCAACGCCAAAGACGGCGCCAAAAGCGGGAAAGGUUUCGUCUCCGCCGCGCCGUCCAACGGGGUGGUGUACCCGAGCAGACCCUCCAUCAGCAACAGCGGCGAGUUCUACGACAUCGCUUUCAAGGUGAUGCUGGUAGGGGACUCAGGUGUGGGGAAGACCUGUCUGCUGGUUCGCUUUAAAGACGGAGCCUUCCUGGCUGGGAGCUUCAUCUCCACCGUGGGCAUCGACUUCCGGAAUAAAGUUUUGAACAUCGACGCGCUCAAGGUCAAACUUCAGAUUUGGGACACAGCUGGACAGGAGCGUUUUCGUAGUGUCACCCACGCCUACUACCGCGAUGCACAUGCCCUCCUCCUCCUGUAUGACGUCACCAACAAGGCUUCGUUUGACAACAUCAGGGCUUGGCUGACAGAGAUCCAUGAGUACGCCCAGCAGGAUGUUGUGGUCAUGUUGCUCGGCAACAAGGCUGAUUCCACACAUGACAGGGCAGUGAAGAGAGAGGAAGGAGAGAAACUGGCCAAGGAGUUUGGGGUGCCAUUUAUGGAGACAAGUGCCAAAUCUGGUCUGAAUGUGGAACUGGCCUUCACUGCUGCAGCCAAAGAGCUGAAACACAGGACCAUGAAGGAACCAGAUGAGCCCAAGUUCCAGCUGCAGGAGUAUGUGGACAGAGAGAUGAGAACCGUUGGCUGCUGCCACUCAUAGACCUGCCCUGUGUGUGUUUGUGUGUGUGUGUGUGUGUGUGUGUGUGUGUGUGUGUGUGUUUGUAGUCACCCGCGCAGCAAACCCCCUCCCCCUCUACGGGAGUGUGUGAGGACCGUGUGCGUGGGAAUCGUCUCUUAUCGCCUUUCAUUUCUUCCGUUUCUAGAAUCUUCUCGCGAUGUACCCAGUGUAAGCUCCACCUACCCCAGCCCACCUCCCCUCUGCAACUGUGAAUGUAAUAUAGCCCCUCUGUACUCACAUGCAUGCACAUAUACAUGUAUGCGUGCACACAACACACACACACACACACACACACACACACACACACACACACACACACACACACUUGUAUACAGACUCUUAUCGAACAUGCAACCUGAACUUUGCUUUUACUUUAUUUCCCCGUGUGUGUGUGUGUGGAGUUUCUCGGAUCAUCGUUCUGUGCAAUAUUCUCUGAAUGUAUGUGCUGUACAUAUUUUCACUCUGAAAUUUGCUUCGUGGCUUGCAGCUCUUGUAAACGCCUGUCCUGCCGAAGCCCCCCCCCAAAGGAGAACCCUGUUCUAAAACUACAGACCCGAGGCAGACGUAUAGAAUUACGCGUCGGAAUAACUACAUCCUGCUUACGUGACGGGGGUUAAUACAGCCCACUAACCUCUUUCUUUCUGGUUUUCUCCUCUUCUGAGGCGUUAUGUGAAGCGUUGUUUAUGUUCUCGCCCAGAGAUUGCAGAGGGGUCAAGUCCUGGUUCCUCGGCGCCCCCUACUGGCCAAAUAUUGAAAUCCCACCCAAAGCUGUGACUCCUAUUUGAGACAGUUUAUAAAGAAUUGUCUGUGAAUGUUCUCGUUCAUCCAGGUCAUGGUUAUCCAAAGGAGUUGAAUCAAUUCAACUGGA